AUGAGAAGACCAUGGAAGGAGUACACAGCACCCAAUGGGAAGAAGUAUUACUACAAUUCAGAGACAAAGAAAACUCAAUGGGAAAGGCCAAUAUUUGAAUCACGUGUAAAAGACGAUGUAGUACCAGUCAAUAGGAAUCCUCAGGGAUCAUCUGCGUUGGAUAAAAUCAAUAUUCCUGUGUAUGUUAUACCUCUAUCAAACGAUUGGAAACUGGUAAUAUGGAAUAAUGGUACCAAGUUCUAUAUAGAUCCUCAUGGGAAAUCUCAAAAAGGAUUAGAGGAUCCAGAUAGUUUGGAAUUAUUAGACUAUAUUAAUCGUGAUAAGUUGAUUCUUCUCGUAGGUUUUGCAAGAGGAUACAUGUCUUCCCAUAUAGAUCCAGACGUUGUCUAUGACGAAAUAUUAGAAGAAAUUGAGCAAAUGAAACAAGAUUUAAAUGGAGAUAAAGGUAGUGAAUCGAACGAUGAUAUUGAACUUGUGCUUAAGGAUAAUAAGGAUGCAAAUGAACCAGUGAACGAAGAAGAACUAGAGCUUCAAAGGCAAUUGAUUACCAAUUUAAAUGACGUUGAUGAACCAAAUACUAUAGGAAAUAAUACAGAGGCAAAAAAGAAGUUUAUGGAAUUAUUAGAUAACUUCCACUUGGAUAAGUUUUCAACGUGGAGGAUUGAAAUGAAGAAAAUUGAAUCUCAACAAUCUUUUUUUCUCAUUGAAAGUAAUAAUGAGCGUGAACAGUUGUUUGAAGAAUGGUGCUCGAAUUUCCAAACAGUUAAUAGCGAUAAUUAUGAAGAUGGCCUCGAAUCUGAUUCAUCAAUGGAUGAAUCAGAUGGCGAUGAAUUGGAACCUACAAAAUAUCAUUACUUAUCGCAUAUUAUUAAUAAAACAGAUAUAACGAACGAUACUAUAUAUCAGGAUGUUCGUAAACAACAGAAAUCACUCUUUAAAGAGUUUAAGAUUAAAGAAUUUAUUACAUCAAAAAAGGAGCAAGAACAAUUCACUUCAAAGUUGCUCUUUUAUUAUAAAAAUUUUGAUCUCGAGGAAAGAAAGAAACUAUUUGUUCAUUUAAUUAAUACUUAUAAAGUACAACUAUCUUAUUCCCUUCAACACUCCUUAGAUACAGAUGACAAGGUUGGGUUACUUUCAGAGACUCAAUUUCGAACUCUGCUUGAAGAGAAUAAUUCAUUUGAGAUAGAGACGACCCUUCUGAGAUUAGAACAAUUAAUAAAUGUGCAAGGGUUACUGAAUAAACUCAUAGAGGAACCUAUAUACUAUGUAUUAGGGAUCAAAGAUAAGACUGUCGAAUUGUUCAACAUUUUGAACCAUCUGAUGAGUAUACCCUAA